ACAAGACGAGACUUCCUCUGAGGCCUGAGCUCUUCUGGCGACGUGCCUGUUUUUACUUGGGCAUCGGAUAAACUUUGGAUAGAAACUCGCAGUAAAGCAGAAAUUAUAACAGACAACAUGAAACUUGAAGUAUUCUGUGGAAACCACCACUAUGAGGUGAAAUCUGUGGAGCUGUGCAGCGAUGCUAAGAACAGCGUCCGCUCGCCUGUCUCUGGUGAGGAGGAGUUGGGUUCGGAUGGGGACUGUCUAGCGCACAGCCCGCCACCUGUCACACUGGGUGCAGAUGGCAAAGGCAAACCGUACACGCGGAGACCAAAACCUCCAUACUCUUACAUCGCACUGAUUGCCAUGGCUAUCCGUGACUCAACGUCGGGGCGUCUGACUCUGGCGGAGAUCAAUGACUAUCUGAUGACAAAGUUUCCCUUUUUCCGGGGCAGUUACACCGGUUGGAGGAAUUCCGUGCGCCACAACUUGUCACUGAACGACUGUUUUCUGAAGGUCCUCCGGGACACGUCCAGACCAUGGGGAAAGGACAACUACUGGAUGCUGAAUCCUCAAAGCGAGUACACCUUCGCUGACGGAGUGUUCCGACGCAGGAGAAAACGAAUCAACAAAAAGACAGGCAAAGAGCAAGACGUGUCUGACCAUCGUCCAGACGAGGACACGCAACUCACCACAACACCCGCACCACCAGCCAGCAGUGCCAAGUUCUCCAGUUCCUUCGCUAUAGACAGUAUCCUCAGCAAACCGUUCAAGAGACAGGAGUGGGCUGAGAAUUCUCCCACCGUUGGUGCGUUACCGUGGCCCGGUUACACUCAGAUGAUGCCCCACAUUGUGAGAGGACCAUCAGUCGCCUUACCGCAUCCCGCCCAUUCGAUGUUUCAUAUUGACUCAUACGCUGCGCAUAUCCUGGGGGCAUAUGGUGGUGGAUUGUACUGA